AUGUGGCAGAGAAACAAAGACGACACGCGACACGACGGCGAGUGGCGCGCUCUGACUGAUGACACGACUCCUCUACAGCCGCGAGCCGAACAACGUGCGCGCGCACGCUCGCACGGCUUGACGCGCUCGCAGCUAAGCGAUGCGACUGCACCGUGCCGGGUGCGUUGCGGCUCCACCGGCACGAGCGCUACGGCUAUGGUGUUCUAG